GCUCUGGUCUGUUGCUCUGUGCUCUGCUGCUCUGGUCUGUUGCUCUGUGCUCUGCUGCUCUGGUCUGUUCCUCUGUGCUCUGCUGCUCUGGUCUGUUCCUCUCUGCUGCUCUGGUCUGUUGCUCUGUGCUCUGCUGCUCUGGUCUGUUGCUCUGUGCUCUACUGCUCUGGUCUGUACCUCUCUGAGUUGUCUCUUCUCUGCAGAGUCAAGGAGUGGACUGAACAAGAGGUGGACAGAGGAGUGAAGUAGUACUGAACGUAGGAGUGACGUAAAAGUGACGCAGUGGUGAAGUACUGAACGUAGUAGUGGCCUAAUAGUGACGUAGUGAAGGUAGUAGUGACUUAGUAGUGAGGUAGUAGUGAGUUAGUAGGGAGGUAGUAGGACAUCAUGGCUCAACUUGUUGAAUGUGUUCCAAACUUCUCAGAGGGUCGAGACAAAAAGGUUAUUGACGCCAUCUCGGGGGCCAUCUCCAGCACGCGGGGCUGCAGCCUGCUGGACGUUGACCCCGGGGCCUCCACCCACCGCACCGUCUACACCUUCGUGGGCUCCCCCGAGGCCGUGGUGGAGGGGGCCCUCAACGCCGCCCGCACCGCCUCCACCCUCAUCGACAUGAGCUCACACACAGGGCAGCACCCCAGGACGGGGGCCCUGGACGUGUGUCCCUUCGUCCCGGUCCAGAACGUCUCCAUGGACGACUGCGUCCGCUGCGCUCUGCUGUUCGGCCAGCGGCUGGCGGAGCUGCUGCACGUCCCGGUGUAUCUGUAUGGAGCGGCCGCUCGCUCAGAGAAGAGGAGGAAUCUUCCAUCCAUUCGGGCAGGAGAGUAUGAAGCUCUACCUGAGAAGCUGAAGCAGGACGAAUGGGCCCCUGACUUUGGCCCCGCCUCCUUCGUCCCCUCCUGGGGCGCCACGGUAACGGGGGCGCGUCACUUCCUGAUCGCCUUCAACGUGAACCUGAUCAGCACCAAGGAGCAGGCUCACCGCAUCGGGCUGGACCUCAGGGAGCAGGGCCGGGGCAAGGGCCAGCCAGGGGAGCUGCAGAAGGUGCAGGCUCUGGGCUGGUACCUGGAGGAGGCCCAGCUGGCCCAGGUCUCCACCAACCUGCUGGACUACCAGGUCACGGCCCUCCACACCGUCUACGAGGCCGUCUGCAGCCACGCUCAGGCCCUGAGGCUGCCGGUGGUGGGCUCCCAGGUGGUGGGGCUGCUGCCCCUGAAGGCUCUGCUGGACGCCGCCGACUUCUACAUCCAGAGGGAUCAGCUCUUCAUCCUGGAGGAGGAGCACAAAGUCCGCCUGGUCAUCAGUAAACUAGGGCUGGACUCCCUGGGACCGUUCAACCCCAAGGAGAGAGUCAUUGAGUACAUGGUGGACCAGGGACCAGGGGACACGAGUCUGGUCUCCCUGUCCCUGCGUCAGUUCGUCCAGAGUGUGGCCGCCAGGUCCGCCGCCCCAGGAGGAGGCUCCGUCUCUGCUGCUGUCGCUGCUCUGGGGGCUGCACUGGGCGCCAUGGUGGGCCAGAUGACGUACGGCAAGAGGCAGUUUGAGGGUCUGGACGGAGCGAUGCGCGGCCUCAUCCCGCCGUUCCAUCAGGCGGUCCAGGACCUGCUGCUGCUGGUGGAUGCAGACUCCUCGGCCUUCACCUCCUACAUGGCUGCGCUGAAGCUGCCCAAGGGCACAGAGGAGGAGCUGGAGAGGAGGCAGACGGCCAUGCAGGCCGGUCUGCGCGAGGCGGUGGGAGUUCCUCUCUCUCUGGCUGAGAGGGUGUCUUCCCUCUGGGACCCCCUCAUACAGCUGGUCCUCCAGGGGAACAUAUCCUGCCUGUCCGACGCCCAGGUGUCGGCCAAGGCGCUGGAGACGGCGGUGUUUGGUGCGUACUACAACGUCGUCAUCAACCUCAAAGACAUCAGCGACCUCUCCUUCAAAACCGCAACCCAGAAGAGAGCGUUGGAGUUGCUCCAGCAGGCCAAGGAGAAGUGUUCUGUUGUACUGACGCACGCCGAGAACAGAACCUAGAACCAAGAACAGAACCUCCACGCCGAGAACAGAACCCCACUUGUAGUGCCUCGCCCCUUCAACCCAGACCUAGAACCUCCCUUCUGGUUCCUCAUCCUUCAACCCUAGACCUUGAAUUUAGAUGAUCAACUCUAGCCUAGAACUUCAACCGUAAACCUGAAUAAUAAGACAUAAUGUCUGAAGUUAAUACAAGUCAUGUCAUUAAGGUGAUAUAAGUCAUAAAGAUUAUAAAUAUAAAUCAUAAAGAUUAUCGAUGUAAUGUCAUAACGAUUAUAGAUGUAAUGUUAUAAAGAUUAUGGAUAUAAGUCAUUGCGAUUAUAGCUGUAAUUUGAUAACGAUUAUAGAUGUAAUUUUAUAAAGAUUAUAGAUGUAACUUUAUAAACAUUAUAUAAGUAAUUUAAUAAAGAUUAUACAUGUAAUGUUAUAAAGAUUAUAGAUAUAAUGUUAUAGAUUAUAGAUGUAAUGUCAUAAAUAUUAUAGAUGUAAUGUUAAAAUAUUAUAAAUAUAAGCCAUUAGGAUUAUAGAUGUAAUGUUAUAACGAUUAGAGAUGUAAUGUUAUAAAUAUUAUGGAUGUAAUGUUAUGAAGACUAUAAAUAUAAUGUUAUAAAGA